GAUAAUUGGAUUUUCAGAUAGGAUCCUCCGGGAACCCAACGCAGAAAAGACAAAGCAAAAUCCAACUGAUAAAUAAAAUGAUCAAAAUUAUUUUGAAGGAAAAAAUUCUCGAAACAAUCAUAACAAUGGCUUCUUUGGCGCUUCCUUCUCUCAAUUCUUUACCCAUUUCCCGCCUUCAUAGCCAAAAAGCUCCUUCUUUGAUCUCUUCACUUCCAAGUAUAUCAACUUCCAGACAUCCAUGCACUGUUGCUCCUCAUCGUUUCCAAUGUGCGGUUAUUCGAAUGCAAGCUGGUGAAGAAGAUUUUGAGUUGAAACAAAUGAGAGAUAUGGCUGCUUCAAAGAAGAGAUGGGAUGCUAUAAUUAGGGAAAGAAAAGUAAUGAUUCUUACACCUAAGGAGGCAGGUUAUGCAAUUCAACUCUCAAACAAUCCUUUACUCGAUGUUCACCCGUCUAGUGAGCGUGAGAAGGCAUGGGUUAAGGGCUCCACCUGGGUACCGAUCUUUGAAGUUGAUAAUAAAUUUGAUGUUGGAACUGUCUCAAGGAAAGUCUCCAAUUUUGUGAUGGGGGGCUGGUGGAGUGGCGUGCCUACGGUGUCUUAUAACAGUCGAUUCUUAUCAAAAGUUGAGGAGAAAUGCCCUAAAGAUGUCGAGCUUAUUGUUGCAUGCAGAGAUUCUGCCAGAUCUCUGGCGGCUUGUGAGCUACUGUGUAAUGCUGGCUACAAAAAUCUUUUCUGGGUUCAAGGGGGUCUAGAGGCUGCUGAAGAAGAGGAUCUUGCCGCAGAAGGUUCUCAGCCGUUGAAGUUUGAAGGAAUUGGCGGUCUUUCAGAGUUUCUCGGUUGGACAGAUCAACAGAGAACUCAAGUUGCCAGAGAGGGUUGGGGUUACCGUGUACUCUACUCCGCCCGCCUGGUUGAAGUAUUUGUGGUUGCAGAUGCCUUGUUCGUCGGUGCACAGCAAGUCAGUCGCUAUCUUCAGGAUAUACGGUCUCACUAAGGUUAUAUUAAUAUUCUUGAAGGUACUCGAUUAAAAGUUAAAUCGUCUGAAAGAUCGGUUGAAUUCUCGUUUAGUGACGAGAUGUUUUAAGGAUCCCAAUUUUGAAAAUGAAAGCCAUAGUAGUUAGAAGAGUUCAUGAAGUUGCAUGUUUCUUAGGUUC